GCACCGAACUCAGCUGUGGAGACACGUCACGCAGGCGCAGUUGAGUGGACUUCCCAGGUGGGUGGUUCAGCUCUUCUGGUGCCGGGUAGCGUGCCUGUGGGACGCUGGGCUCAGUUUACAUCCUUUGUCGUCUUUCCUCGUCACAAGAGCAAGAAGACUGAUAAACGGUGCAAAAUACCGACUUUUUUUUUCAACCCCUAUAUUUUCAUAUUUCUUACUUCGACUAAAUUAUUAACACACGAGAAAGAAAGAAAGAAAGAAAGAAAGAAAGAAAAAAGUUUUCGCAUGAAAACUUAAUGCUUUGAACAGGAUAUUCUUUUAUCAUUGCAACCUGCCGGGAUCCAAACAAUUUCUCACCCUUGGGGAAAAGUAUUUUUUCGUGGCUUGUUGAUUUUAACAGCAUGAGUCGCUGGUGGGGGACUGCCGUGGGAGUCAUUAUCCUAUUCGGGGUUUUGGAGACAUAUCAUUGUCAAACGACAGUGAUGGCAGGGGACUGCUCUCUGAUGGACUCGUGUGAGGGCUGUAUCAUGGGAGACCUGUCCAUCAACCUAACGGACUGCGUGUGGAAGCAGUGUGACAAUGAUAAUUACACGGGAUGUGUUUCCGGUAGUGAAGAAGCUGAGGGCUGCUCUGUCUUCAAUGAGACAUCAAUAUGCCCCGCCUCUCUGACUCCGACACCUGGCGGCAACGACACAGCAAAUGGCGCCACCCCAGAGCCCAACCCAGUGUACUCACAGGCACAAUUUAACUUAUCCAGUUUCAUUGGAGGUGUAAUUCUGGUAUUGGGACUGCAGGCAGGAGUCUUUCUAGCCAUGAGAUUCGUCAAGAGCAAGGACAGCAGCUAUGAAACAAUAGACCAACCUCAGUAGCAUCAGUGAGGAAGGAGGGAGACCGAAUGGAGAAGAGGUGAUGGUGACAGAAAGGAAGGAUUAUGGGGGGAGAAUGUAGGAAAGGGAGGGUGAUAGAGAGGAGGAAAAGGCAAGAUGAAACAUGAAGAGAGAGGAGGUGUGAUGGCUGAAGAAGGGAGAGAGAUCGAAGCAGGUGCAGAUAAGGGAAAUAAUCAGAGAGACAUGACAAGAAGUGUCAGUUUAUGUUCCUCUUUUUUAUUUUGAGCAUUUUAAUUAAAAGAGCCUUUCUGUUUGUCCUCAUUCUAGUUUGCUGCCUUUAACUUGUACACUAUCGGCCAGUUACAAGCUGGUCAACUCUAUAUGAAACUCUAGGAAUGUGGUUUGUAUGCAUUUGUGUGUUCUCUGUGUGUCUUCUCAAUGACCCCACUAUACAUGCUUUGGAGUGGUGACAGAACAGCGGCAUGUCCAUCUCUGGAUGAAGUGUGGGGGGUGAAGGGGGUUCCCCAUUUUUACCCCAUGUCUUCACAUUUUCAUUAGGCCUUCUGAACAGGGUCCCCUCAUCUGAAUGUACUCCCUUUGCGACAGUUUUUAGGUUGGACCAUUUUACCAGCUUGUUGCUUUGCUGGUGACAAAUGGUUUGUAGUGUGUUGUGAUGCACGAGUUUAAGUUAGGUAUCUAAAAUUAAAGUGAAUAAUUAUUAUACAUUUUAGGUUCGUAUUGCAGCUUUAAAAUGAUUAAUUACAUCGCCUUUUAGAUUUACAGGAUGAAAAUGCUUGAUUUAAAAAAAUUUUUUAACUGGGGGUCAAAUUACCCACCAGGCUUCUUUCUAAGUAGUUUUCCUGUUCAUUUUAAAGUUUACAUACAGACCACAAUAGAUUAUCUCAUUCAGUUGAAUUAUUAUUAUUAUUAUUAUUAUCAUUUGUUGCUGUUGUUUGGUUAUUUCAGAGGUUUCUUUUAAAUAAAUGGAUUUCCCUAACUUACAGGUUCAAAAAAGGGGUUUGAGGUGCAUUUAAUCUAACUAUUAAUGCUUAUUUGGUGGUUUUGUUUUAUUGUGUCUGUGGUUUUGUUAAUUCAAUCACUUUUGUCGUAUUUAAUGAAUCUGUUUUAUUGUGCAUCUGUCUUUGUGGUUUUAAAAUGGACUGAAUGAGCGAUGUCCUAAUCCUAUUGAUAUGGGCGCAAUAAUGGCAAAAAAAGUUAAUCCUGCGUGACACUGACUGGUUCCCAGGCGGGCUUUGGUGCUAUUACACCGUUUGUGUCUUUUCUUUUUUUUCUUUUCUUUUUUUUGUUGACACUUUUCAAUUUGUAUUGUGUGUUGUUAUUGGAGGGUUUUAAUUUACUGCUUCAAAUAUAUUAUUUACAAAAUGUUAUUAAACGAGAUCAUUUUGAUUUUACCCAAAUAAAGAAUUGACUGAUAAGA